GUUCCCUACUUGGAGUAUAUGGUCCAGGCUUGCCCCGAGGCGAGUAAUGAGACGCUGUUCCGGCUCAUUCCAAGCCUGAAGCGCGACGGUUGCUCAACCUUCUUGGCCAUGUCGCUUUUCCCGCAGGUUGAAGACCUACUGGAGACGCACAGGAAGAUGGAGAAUUUUCUGCAAUUCAAUCCACAGAAUCCGACGGGUCGAUACAAGUUGAAGCUGGAAAGUAGUACAGACUUCGCCGUCGCCCAGCAGCUUCUUUUGCUGGAUCGCUGGGAGUCCGUUGUGAAUCGCCGCCACAAUCGCGGCGACAUCUCGCAACGUGGCACGCGCUCGCAGCUGCGGAACGAGCUCUAUCAGGGACGGGCGCUGCACCUCUCUGUGAAGCUUUUGACGGAGUGGGCCAUGCCCGAGUUCGGCGAGUUUGAGUGCGACUAUAUCACCAGCUAUCAUCCCAAGCAGGGAUCCAAGCCGUUGAGUGACACGCUUUGGGAGUCUGUGAUGAUGGCCAUCUACGACUCGCCCUGCCGCCCGGAAGAUCGGCUGAAGGUCUUGAAGACCAUCUCUCACCAGAUCUUCCUGAGCUCGCUUCAUAUCCGUCAGAUGGUGGGCUUCUUCCGCAAUGACGAGGAUCGCGAAGAAGCGCUCGUGAUGUUCUGGCCCAGGGUUGUUGACAAGUACAACGCGAAAGUCUUCCGCGUCCGCUUCGAGAAGCAAGAAGAUGUGGUGAGGCUUCAGGAGCGCCUGGGCUACGUCACCUUUUUUCCAUACUUCCAGCCCGAGAAUGCAGUCUUCCGGCUGAACAUGGCCGUCUACGAGCAACGACUGUCGGCCUGUCUUUUCGUGCCUUGGCCACGGGCGUGGUAG